AUUGUUAUUGGGGUAUUAAUCAGGUAGGAAUCGGUCUGUCACUUUCGAUCGAUGUUUCGUCUAUAUAAGUGAUUUUUUUUUAAAUAUAUACGAUAUAUAUCCUUACUUUUAAGUAACGAUCUCUGAGAAGAUAUUGAAGAUUAUCAGCAUUAAUUAUGAAUACCAAUAUUAUAAUGAAUAAUGCACCAAUUGAUAUGGGAACUAAAAAGAAGAAUAAGAAACAUCAGCUUGUUCCAAAUACCGAACGUAAAGCGUCUGGAUGUAAUUGGGAGAUGUACAAGAACUUGUUUUCCCAGCCAAACACAGAAGAAGGUCAUGCUCCACAGAAUAAGCGUCUAAAAUCUAAAAGAACACAUACUACUUUACAUACAAAUCGACAGGAGGAGAAUAUUAAACAUAAUGAUGUCAAGAAUAAUAAGCAUAAUGAUAUCAAGAAUAAAGAAAAUAAAACUAUGACAAAACAGAUUGCCAUAGAUUGCGAGAUGGUUGGAAUUGGCGAUGGCACAGAGAGCAUGCUAGCCCGAAUAUCAAUUGUAAAUAAGCAUGGUGAUUGCAUAUAUGACAAAUAUGUUAAACCAAGGGAAAAAGUUGUAGAUUAUAGAACAGCAGUCAGUGGAAUCCGACCAGAACAAUUGCGAGAUGGGGAAGACUUUAACAUUGUACAGAAGGAAGUAGCGGAUAUAUUGAAAGGUCGGCUUCUGGUAGGUCAUGCAUUGAAGCAUGACCUUAAUGUAUUGUUCUUGUCGCAUCCACGAAGAUAUUGGCGAGACACCUCGAGAUACAAACCUUUUCGUCAAAUAUCGAAGGGAAAUACCCCCAGUCUGAAAAAACUUGCACAUGAAUUGUUAGGUAGAGAGAUACAGAUAGGUGAACACAGUUCUGUAGAAGACGCGAGAGCAGCAAUGCAGUUGUAUAUGUUGUAUAAGAAUAAAUGGGAAUCAGAGAGAAAGGGACGCUGAUGAGUAAUCCUCCAUAAAAAGAACUUUUAUCACGAAAUACUUUCUCAUUGAACGAUAAGAGAAUUUUGUACAAAAUCUGGAAACUCAAUGUAAUUUUUAUUUACA